GUCUUUCCGAGUCUGAGCGGGUGGUACUGGGUACCUAUAGUACCUCGAGAGAACAUUAUAAGAGAAGAGGAGGUACUGUAUCGGACCUUGCGUAACGCGGAUUAUUUAAACUGGAGUACUAAACGUUUUUAUUUAUAUCGACGACCUCGAUCUAAAACGACGUACAUACGUUAACUCGUUAACACCCGCAUAAAUAUAAUCAAAGAGACUUUUUAUUAUUCCUUAAUACAAUAUAUAUUUAAAAAAUUUUAUAUAUUCCUUUCAAAAGAUUCUUUUCAGUCGGUCCGUAUCUUGGGAUUUUUUUUUUUUUUUUUUUUUAACUUCGCCAAAAAGGUAUAAUACAGAGGAGAAAAAGAGAAUCGUCUCGGCUUUUACCGAGAAACAAUGUUACCAAAGUUCUCAAGUGUGGAGGAUGUUCAGUGACGGUGACCGAGUCCUGUGUACUUUUUUCGGAAUUCUACUUAUCAUCGCUCACUUUCAAUUUGUGUCGGUCUACUCGUUCAUCACUUUCGUAUCACAUUGUCCUGAUCGAAAAUCACUUCGAAUUUCACUUCCCUGUCAAUAUGAUUCGGAUUGUUUAGCUGUUGAAAAUGCUAUUUGCGAAAGAUCAAAUUCCAGUUGUUUUUGUAAAUCGCAUUAUGUUCUUUACAAAAAUCGUACUCACGUCAAAUGCUUACGAGUGGCUCGUGCAUUGGGAGAUUUAUGCGAGGAAAAUAUGCAGUGCCAAGUUAAAUUUGGAGCUGAGGCAGAAUGUCGAUUAAACAAUUGUCAAUGUUCUCCAGGAUCUCGUUUCAUCGGGGACAGAUGUUACGAAACAGUAGGAUUGGGCGAAUAUUGCAAAACGUGGAGGAAUUGUUAUGUUGAAGGUUCAGAAAGUGCCUGUCAAAAUGGACGUUGUGUGUGUCACUAUCUUUUUCAUCCAAGUCUCGAUGGAAUGCGAUGUGUCAAAACAAUCGCUUUGAGGGAAAAUUGCACAAGUACCGAGGAGUGCGCUGUUAAAAAUUCGAAAUGUAUCGGAGAAUGUCGAUGUGACAUUAAUCAUGUGAUAUCUUCGAAUAAUUCAAUGUGUUUAAAAACUGCUAAUGCAAUUGGUGAUCCCUGCGAAGAGGAUUUACAAUGUCAGGAUAUUAAUUUUUCAAGAUGUCAUAGAGGAAAAUGUUCGUGUUUAAGGGGAUAUCAUCGACGUUCAACUACUUGUCAUCUUGACAUUGGAUUAAAUAAACCAUGCGAACAUCACGCACAAUGUGUUACAUUAACAAAUAUGGAUUCCGAUAAAUUUUCACCAACAAAUGUCGAUUGUAUUGAUGGUAUUUGUUCUUGUUCUCUAGGACAUACACUGACAUCACGUGGACUUGACUGCAUUGGAUAUGCUGAAAAUGGAGCAUCGUCUUGGAGCUUAAGUCCUAUUAUUACUUUAAUUAUCACUGCCUUUAUAAUUAUUAAGUAAAAGCAAAUCACACGUAGAGAAAUUGAUCUACUUUAUAUAGUGAAAUUUCUUAAAACUUGACAACUUAAUUUUUUUUAACAGCAUUUAUUUAAACACUAAGAAUUAUUAUUUUUAUAGAUGUCUAAAAAAAAUUGUUUUCACAAAUCAAGUAAAUCAUUUUCUUCGUGUAAUGAAGCUUUAAAAAAUCGUCGAUAAUGACUCAGGUUAGCUUUUUGCGUAUAUUAGCAGUAUUUCAUAAUGCAUAAUAUAUAAUUCACCAAAGCAAAUAUAGAUUUCUAGAAAAAGA